AUGGCAAGAGUCGUAUCCAAGUUUUUAGCCAUUGUCCAGCUGCUUGCUGUGGCUAAUGCUUUUGCUGACCUAGAUGGUCUGAAAUCUCGUCAAAUUGACUCUGAUCAACUCUACGACGCCUACGACUACGUCAUUGUGGGAGGUGGACAGAGUGGACUCGUUAUUGCGAAUCGUCUCAGCGAAGAUCCCAAAAAAACGGUACUCGUCGUGGAAUACGGAUACUUUGACGACACUCCAGGUCAACUUGAACCAUCCAGUGGAUCCGUAUACGCGUCUAGGAACCUCUUUAAUGUGACCACGGUCCCUCAACGCGGUAUUGGUAAUAGGGAAGGAAUUGUUUAUGCUGCAUCCGUAGUCGGCGGAGGCUCCACCGUGAAUGGGAUGCUUUUUGAUCGUGGCUCAGCUGAUGACUACAACAAUUGGGAGAAGCUUGGAAACCCUGGCUGGGGCUGGAGGGGUCUGCUUCCCUACUUUAAGAAGAGUUCUUCCUUCACUCCUCCCAGAGCUGAUUUGGCUGCAGAAUACAACAUUACUUGGGACAUUCCUCGUGCAUACGGAAACGGUCCCAUCCAAUCCACCUUCCCAGAUUGGCAGUGGCCGACAAUCAAGUCGCAAUGGAAGGCGUGGACAGACCUUGGCGUGCCCAUCAACGAGGAGGGUGCUGCGGGAGACGCAUUCGGAGCGUAUUGGGUCCCCUCCAAUGUCGACCAAACGUAUCGUCGCUCGUACGCUCGCAGCGGCUAUUUUGAGCCCGUAAAGAACCGAAGAAAUCUCCAUCUUCUCAUUGGCCAUCGUGUCAACGAAGUCCUUUUCACGUCCAAAAAGCGUGCAGAAGCCGUCACUAUUCAAGCGCGCGGAACGGCCAAUGGCUCACCCACAAAGACUGUCAAGGCGGCACAGGAGAUUGUUCUAUGCGCCGGAUGGUUGCAUACUCCUCAAAUUUUGCAGCGUAGUGGCGUCGGCCCGAAGUCACUCUUAACUCAGGCGGGUAUCCCCGUUGUUGCCGAUCUUCCAGGUGUUGGAUUCAACUUGCAGGAUCAUCCUGCUUUACUACUCAUAUAUCAAUAUCAAACCGACUUGUUCCCCAACCCAAACUCACUCACCAAUAAUGCAACAUUUCAAGCCUGGGCAACUGAGCAGUGGGCAUCACGGAAAGGACCGUAUUCUAUUGGCGUUGGCAAUGCGCUGGCCACUGUUCCGUUCCCAAUCUUGAGUCCCACCUAUCAAACCACGAUCAACAAGGCUAAAGGGCAGAAUGCUGCUGACUACCUACCCAGCACUUAUGGUCCCCAGAACGUCAAAGGAUUCCUCAAACAAAGAGCUGUCAUUCUUGACUCAUUUGGACGUCGCGACAAUGGUGUUGUAGAAAUUCCAUUCCUGGGCGGAAGUACAUUGUCUCUCGUCCUCGAAAAGCCACUCAGCCGCGGCACGGUUUUGUUGAAUACCACCGAUCGCUACGCUGAACCUGUCAUUGACUAUAAUACGAACGUCAACCCAGUAGACACUGACAUUUUUAUUGCCGUAAUCAAAUUCGCUCGAAGGUGGUUCCAGACUCCGAGUCAGCAGCAUCUCACGCCUGUAGAGGUGUACCCUGGUUCAAGCGUUGGGACCGAUGAAGAAAUAGCUGCGCAUUCUGUCAACGCAAUAUGGCCUAGCACUGCACAUGGCUGUGGGACGUCGGCAAUGGCCCCCCGUGAUCAGGCUGGUGUUGUAUCCCCCAGUUUGACUGUGUACGGAGUGACUGGGCUUAGUGUUGGAGACGUGUCUAUAAUCCCUAUCAUUCCAGCUACGCAUACUUGUGCUACUGUGUAUGCUAUUGCUGAGAAGGCUGCAGAUCUCAUCAAGUCUCGCUAUGAUCCCCGCAUCCGACCUGCUGGCCCACACCCGUAA